GCUGGUAGCGAGGCAGCUUUUCAGCCAGCGGAUGAGACUUCAAUAUUCAUAGAGGCGGUUGGGGGGUACAACAAGAAAGGUCGUGUUUACGGUCUUGGAUCAGAGUCGCGUCGUUUGCGCUACUCAUCAUCUCCCUCCUUCGGAUCACAGUCUCAGUAUAGCCAGCAGGAGAUGGAGGAGCGCGUGGCUCGGAUGAACGCCGAGUUACAUGAACAACUUUUAGAUCAGCGACAUACGAUUGUUACCCUGGAGCAACGGUUAGAGUCACAAGACCAGAGGAUGAUUGAACAAGAAAAAAAGAUGCUUGCACAAAGUCAGAUGAUGCAGAAUAUAUGUGCUCAGUUUGCUAUGCAAACCCCUGGUGUUGGCCCCGUCGAAAACCGCGAUAAUAAUGAUGAUGCUGUGGAUGAUGACGAGGAUGAUGCUGAGGAUGAUGACGAUGAAGAUGAAGAUGAGGAUAAGAAUGAGAUUCUCGGGUAGUUGAAUUUGUUUUGUUCAGCCUAAGUGGUUGAAUUUGU